AUGGCAGACAAGCAUGACAUGGGGAAAAUCACAAGCUUCGACACGGCCAAACUGAAAACAAAUGAGAUCGCAGAAGAAUACCUACCGACCAAAGAGACAAUUGAACAGGAAAAGAGGAGUGAAAUUUCCUGA